UCCCAAGGGAGGCGUAGAAAGGCAAAAAUAACAGUCGUUCCCCUUUUGGGGUGGUUUGGCGCUUUUGCGAGCCGGGAGCUGCUGUGCUCCCUGGGGAGAAAAAAAAAUAAAAAUUUAACCGUGCGAUUCAAGUUUUCUGUUCUGGCCAGCAAAUAGCCCGUUACGUUCCGUAGCAUUUCCUUGGAGCUGGACGUACAAUGUUAUUAGUCGGCCUUGGCACAAUUUGGGAAGUUGUAUUCUUCUUUUUCGGGAUAAUGUUGCAGUUCUUUUGGUGAGAUAGAGAAAUAGGCAUGCCAUCAAUGUGUACAAAAAAUCCUUUUUUCUGGACUUCUGAAGUAACUUCAAUCUGUUGAACACUUCCAGGUUCUCGGGCUAGUUUUUGCUGUUGCACAUUAUGAACAAGAACAUGAGAAUCAGCAGCUUUUCAUCUUUAGCUUGUGAAUGCAACCCUUCUGAGGUUUCAGAUUUUGUCUCGAAUGUUAUCCGUCUGUAUUGAUGUGAGGGCUUUAUUUCUCAGGAAUUUCCAUUUCCCUGAAAGUUACGGCCACGUGCUGCACCAGGAUUGACCAACCAACAUGAGGGAGGGUGAGCGAAUCUCCAAGAAUAGAAGCAGCUGUUAAAACAAAGCAGGAAAAUAAAUGUCACAGGACUAUAAAAUGGAUUUAGGAUUCAAAGACCGUAACAACAGGACACAUACCAAGAACACCUCUGCUGCAACAAAGAAUUUUUCUGCCUGGGAAGACUAUAAGAGUAGUGUUGAUGACAUGCAGUACUUUCUUAUUGGGCUGUACACACUUAUAAGUCUGGCUGGCUUUGUGGGAAAUCUUCUUAUACUAAUGGCCCUGCUAAAGUGCAAGCAGAAGACAGUAAUAAACAUUCUCAUUGGAAACUUGGCCUUUUCUGACAUCUUGGUUGUGCUGUUUUGUUCACCAUUCACGCUGACAUCAGUCCUGCUUGACCAAUGGAUGUUUGGCACUGUCAUGUGCCAUGUAAUGCCCUUCCUCCAGUGUGCAUCAGUCCUAGUUUCAACUUUGAUGUUAAUAUCUAUUGCUGCAGUCAGGUACCGUAUGAUAAAGUAUCCCCUCUCUAGCAACCUCACAGCAAAACAAGGCUAUUUCUUAAUAGCGAUCAUUUGGGCCUUGGGCUUCACAAUUUGCUCCCCUCUGCCAGUUUUCCAUAAAACUGUGGACCUCAGCAAAACUCUGAAUUUAGAGGGACUGGAGAACAGGCUGCUGUGCAUCGAGUCGUGGCCUUCUGAUUCCUACAGGAUCGCCUUCACGAUAGCCUUGCUGUUGAUGCAGUACAUCCUGCCGCUGGCGUGCCUGACCGCCAGUCACACCAGUGUCUGCAGGAGCAUAGGUGCUAGGCUGUCAAACAAGGAAAACAAGUUUGAAGAAAAGGAGAUGAUAAACCUAACUCUUCAUCCCUCUAAGAGCACUGGCCCACAGGUUCAACCCUCCAGAUAUUCCAGGUGGAGCCGUGCCUUUGGCAGGAGGCACCACAGAAGAUACAGUAGAAAGACUUCAAGUGUGAUGCCAGCUAUUUCAAGGCAUCAUCAGGAUACUCACUCCAGAGUUCCCCCAGAAACCUCUGACACAGAAAAAAGCCAGCUCUUUUCCUCCAGUAAAUUAAUCCCUGGGAUCCCUAUCUGUUUUGAAAUGAAACCAGAAGAAAAUACAGAGAUCCAGAACAUGAUUACAGUAUCCCAGUCCAUCAUCAGAAUUAAGACAAGAUCGAGGAGGGUUUUUUGCAGACUGACAGUGCUAAUACUGGUUUUUGGCUUCAGUUGGAUGCCUCUUCACCUUUUCCACAUUGUGACAGAUUUUAAUGCCACUCUCAUUUCCAACAGGCACUUUAAAUUAGUAUAUUGCAUAUGCCAUUUGUUGGGUAUGAUGUCCUGCUGCUUGAAUCCCAUCCUCUAUGGGUUUCUUAACAACAGCAUAAAAGCUGAUUUAAUGUCCCUUAUUCCAUGCUGCCAAAUACCAUGAUUUUAUGUGCCCCAAGAUAAAGUAAAUAAGUAUGGCUUUCAAGCCUAGUGGCAUAUAUAGUUGUAAAAGCUAAAUUAGUUUAGUUUAGUUAGUCUGACUUGGUUGUGAUUAGUGGCAUUUUUUUGUGGAUGGAUAGUUCUACGGCUGCAUGUAUUUCUUGCCUUGGGCAGAAAUACAUGCAUAUGUUAUAAUGAUGUUUUAUCUGUUACAUGUAGGAAAUCAUGCCCAGUGUACAAAACCAGAAUACCAUUUUCAUUAUCCAAAUUGUUGGCAACCUGUACUUUGGAAUUAUACAGAAUAUAUAAUGAGUAAUAAAUGUGAGACAGACUA